UUAUAUAUGUGUGUUCAUUGUAUUAAUUUUAAGUCGUGAACCGCAUAACCUGAUAAGCAUAAUGUAUCGAAUAUAAUCAUAUAGUGAGAGAAAAAUAGAGCAAUCUAAAAGGGCAUGGUACGUGUCACAUUUAAUACAAUACAUAUGAGUUUAUACACGGUUCUUGGUGUCUACUUAAAUUUACUCAUGUAUUGAAUAUCAAUCCAGAAAUAUAUAUCUUUGCACAUUAUUUAAUUACUUUAUCAUAAUUAUAAAUAUAAUAAUAUUCUUUACUAAAAUAUAUAUUUAUCAUAUAAUGUCGCCUAAAUCGUCAACAUACUCAAACAUGGUAUAUGAAGCCCGUGCUAGUUUAAUCUCAGUAUGAUUCAAGAUUUUAACAUGUUUAUCAUGAAUAGUUCACGAAUGACUCGCCUAGUUCACACAUUUUAUUUAUUAUUUCUAGAUUUUCAUUAUACUUUUUUAUAUAUAUUGUAUGUUACACUUGCAAGUAAUCAAACACCAUGACUAGUAAAAUGAAAGAAAGAAACGCGGAAGUUGAUGUAAUGGGCCUAACCGUAAAAGAGCUUCAACAUGAGCAUCCACUCACGCUGGUAGAUUUGCAACUGAUGCAUCGAGACUACAUAGAAGACGAUGAUGAGUAUGAUGACAAUGAUUUGAUCACGACGCAAAACUUCCACUGCACAUGUAACAGGUGUGGUAGACGAAUCGACUGGUACCACCGUUAUUACUAUAAGUGUAGCAUGUUGUCGUGUGAUUACUCCCUCCACAAAUUUUGUGAAGAGAUUCCAACAACCUUAAAAUUCCAAUGUCACCCUUUUCAUACUCUUAUCCUUGAAAGAACAACAAAUGAUGAGAAAUGUCGUGCUUGUUUCAAAAAUCAUCGAGAUGGCAUUGGUUAUCAUUGUUCAACAUGUAAUUAUGGAAUCGAUCUACUUUGUGCCACCUUUGUGGAGCAACAUACGAUCCAUCACCCUAGCCACCCACACCCAUUAAUCUCUGUUACUGUUGAACCUAUUUUGAGCAAGUGUUUUGCAUGUGGGAAGAAACAUGAAGGGCAUUUCUAUCAUUGCACAACUUGUUUUAACUUCUCAAUAAAUUCUUAUUGUCUUUCCCUUCCUAUAAAGUUAUCACUUCAAACUCAACAUUUUAACCACCGUCACUUGCUCACCCUUUCAUAUUCGUUUUUGGAUCAACUAUAUGAUUGCGAAUGUAGGAUUUGUGGUGUGGAGUUAGAAGAUGAACAUAUGAUUUACAAGUGCAGUAGAUGCAUGUACUAUGUUCACCCAGAUUGUGCAACGCAAAGGAUAAAACCUUUCAUGUCUAUCUUCUUACCUGUGGUUGAUGAAUCAUACAUCUUGUCACAUCAAUUUAAAGGAGAAACUUCUGAAAAGGGCACCCUCAUGCGUGGUGAUCAUCCGUUAGUCCUUAUACAUGACGAAAUAAAUAAAUAUACAACCACCUCUCUCCACGAUCCAAUGAAGAGGAUUAAGUUAUUAUGCAACGCUUGUUCAAAACCAAUUGCAAAAAUACCAUUUUAUAAAAGCUCCAAAGAGGAUGACUUUGUUCUCCACGAUUGGUGCACCCGGCUACCCAAGACGCUAAGAAGCCAUUCGGCUCACCCAGAACAUCCACUUUGGCGUAGUCGAUUAGAAUAUACAGGUUCUGCAGUCAAAUGUAGGAUUUGUGGAUUGCCUUGCAAUGGGUUUUAUUAUCGUUGCGUAGUGUGUGAUUACAGGAUUGAUGUUAAUUGCGCAUUUAUGCCUAAAGAAAUUACACAUGAAGCACAAGCGGAUCACUUGCUUACAAGAAUAGAAUCAAGCCGUAGCGGUGUAUCUAAGAAGGAAUGUCGUGCAUGUCGUGUAAGUAUAGGUGAAAGUGAGACUUAUUUUAAAUGUAAUGCCUGUGAUUUCUAUUUGGACUGCCAGUGUGCUUUGCAAUUGCCUAAAACAAUUAUGCAUAAGUUUGACAAGCACCCCCUGCAACUGAGCUAUGCACCGAUUGAGGACCACAAAAGUCAAUACUUCUGUGAAGUUUGUGAGGAGGAGCUUGAUCCUGGAAAGUGGUUCUAUCAUUGUGCAGAGUGUGCACAAUCCGUUCACUCGGCAUGUGCUCCAUUAAUACUUCAGUCUGAACAAGGUGUUAAUUCUUUCUAUUUAGAAGGUGUUUAUAAGUUCAUUAACAUCAAGUUUGGGCAUGUUGAAAAACGACAUUUUCACCAACAUCCUGUGUCACUUGCUCCGGGCACUGAGAAUGAUGGUUUAUGCCAUGAGUGCGGAAGCAAAUUGCAAUCCGAGAUGAUCUGGAAGUGCUUACAUUGUAACUUUGCUUGCCAUUGUUACCAUGAGCUUACAUCAUUACUCGACCCCUUUUUGGGCCAAAGAUUAAUUUAUAUACUUGGGGAAAACAAGCGUGUGAUAAAGCAACAUAGACCUCAAACAAGCUUAGAAUUUUAUCCAAGUGAAAUGAUGAGACCAGAGACCCGUCAUUGGAAGGUUGAUGAUGAUAUCCAAUAAGUCUUAUCGCCAUAUCAUCGGUUUCACCAGUUGAAUGUAAGGGAUUACUGUAUCAGUGAUUGAUGUACCAUGAGUUUAUUUGUAUUUUGUAAUAUUUCGGUUAUUUGUAUAUAUUCCAAUUUCCAUUCAAUCAAUGGUUAUGUAAUUUUUAUAUAGAGUCCUUUCAAUCAA